UUAAUUUAUUAUUGAUUCCAAAUAAUGUGUUAGAAAUCUGAUCUGAGACGAAGAGAGGCAAUGGCUUGGAGUAAGCCACAACCUCAAUCAUCGCUCACCGCACAAUUUAACAAAACAACCUUAAACCACAGACAAGGUUCGGUCUAAACAUCCUCAAAAACUCUCUAUUUUCCUUCCAACCCACGUUUCCCCAUUUCAAUGGCUUCUUGUAUAUCCACUCCCUCGCCUUCUUCCCGAUUACAUCUCACUAAAACAACCUUCAUUGCCGCAACUUCACUCCCUCUCUAUCACAGUACUAAAUGUGAAAUGAACAGAAGGAGUUUAGCUGUUAAAGGAAUUGUCACAACUGGAGUUUCAGCCAUGGCUAUGGCUUCCACUCUUACUCCUCAAGCUCAACCAUCUCAAGACAAGGGACUUGAAAGACUAGCAUACAAACCUGAAGGUUAUAAUUAUUGGAAGUGGAAGGAUCAUAACAUUCACUAUGUUGUGCAAGGAGAAGGACCUCCUCUUGUUCUUAUUCAUGGUUUUGGUGCAUCGGCUUUUCAUUGGAGAUACAAUAUCCCAGAAUUGGCUAAGAAACACAAGGUUUAUGCCUUAGACUUGCUUGGAUUUGGAUGGAGUGACAAAGCACUCGUCGACUAUGAUGCCAUGGUAUGGAGGGAUCAAGUCACGGACUUCUUGAAGGAAAUCGUAAAAGAACCAGCAGUUUUGGUUGGAAACAGCCUUGGAGGAUUUACUGCUUUGAUUGCAGCAACCGGGUUGCCUGAGUUUGUCAGCGGGGUCGCGCUACUGAAUUCUGCAGGACAAUUUGGUGAUGGAAAUAAGGAAAGUAAAAAUUCCGAGGAAUCACCUCUACAAAAGUUUUUCCUAAAACCUUUGAAGGAAGUUUUCCAGCGUGUAGUUCUCGGAUUUAUAUUCUGGCAAUCGAAACAACCUGCUCGAAUUAAAUCAGUCUUAAAAAGUGUGUAUGUAAACUCUUCCAAUGUGGAUGAUUAUCUUGUGGAAUCUAUAACAAGGCCAGCUCAAGACCCCAACGCCGGAGAAGUUUAUUAUAGGUUAAUGACACGUUUCAUGAUGAAUCAGAGCAAGUACACUCUAGAUUCCGUGUUAAGCGAACUCUCUUGCCCGUUGCUUCUGCUAUGGGGUGACCUUGAUCCAUGGGUUGGUCCAGCCAAAGCUAAUAAAAUCAAAGAGUUUUAUCCAAAAACAACUCUUGUUCACUUGCAAGCCGGGCAUUGUCCACACGACGAGACACCCGAGCUCGUGAACACAGCUUUAUUGGACUGGCUCACCACCCUUACUCCUCAAGUCUCUCUCCAAACAGUUUGAACACGAAUGAUCGUUUAUGUAUAGCUAAUUGAAACAUAUUCUUGAUUAAGUUUCGAGAUUCAUGUUGUUGGACGAAGUCAUCGCCAUAAGAUGUAUAGAAAAGUCGGUUAAAAAUACUGAGGAUAGUGGAAAAUGACGAUACGCGUAUAUAGACUAUAGUCGUGUUUUUGAAUGCCUGCAUUUUUUGCAAGACCAUGUAUGUAAUCAUUUGUUACAUUACAUAGAACUUUCUCUUUCGUUAA